AAAAUAAUACUCGUCGAUCAUAAACUAGAAAUAUUGAGUAGCUAUGGAGAGACUGGCAUCACACCCAAUGAUCACUUUAAAUGCAAGUAAAACAACUCGGCUAUUGCGUCAAAUUUAACCUUCAGUCUAUUUGACUAUGGAUCACAAUAAAACAUCCGCAAAAUAAUUUCUCUAGGAAAACAGUUCCAAACGGCUAAGGGUGUUGCCAUGGUUUCCAGCGCUUCGUGUUUAAUUUAAGCCUGUCUUUGAAUAUCACCUCGCUACAAUUCUUAUUUUUACUACCAGUAGAGUCUUUUACAGAUACCGUUUAAUUGUCGGAAGAGUAGCUGUUCUUUUUUAAUUCUUCGUUCAAUUGGGUAUUUCUGGAAACUCAUUUUUACCAUGCUAAUUAUAUCUGUUAUCAUUUUAUUGAAGUGUCUUGUGAGACUGACAGACUGAAUGAAAUAUUUUUAAAAGCCUAUUACGAGACUUUGUAAUCAGACGACACUUGUAACUUUGGAUCUUCACUGAUCAACCUCAUAACAUGUACAGGAAGCGUAACAAAUGUCCUUCGUGGUCGUUCCUGGACCCAAGCCCGAGGCAUUUUCAGUUCGGACCACACCAUCUGCACGCAUAACGUUCUGCGAGACUUAUCACUUAAUUUAUUGUCGAAAUUGAGAGAGAGUAAGGAGGUUUCCCUUUGUUCAAGCCACGGACGGCAAAUUUUGCACAGUUUUCAGACAAAUUGCCUUCCCAAAUUAAUAUUAUUUUCUUCUCUUCAACACAAAUGCGAAAUUCAAUUGAUGCAAAAUGUAUGCAAAUAUAAAACGUGUCACGGGUCAUGAUGUCUUGUUCAUUGGACAAAAGAAUUAGCAAUUUUCUAGUAAUAAAAAUACUUAGCUUAUAACACGUAACUGCAUUGUUGGUUGUCUUCAGACAGGACUCGAGUGAAGGCUUGCUUCUUAGUGGUGGCACGAAACCAAUAUGAAGGCGUUUUUGCUGUUGUUGGGUGUGAUAUGUCUCACUUGUCGCACCAAAUCCAUUCCAGUACAUACUUUUUCAAGUGAAACUGAGUAUGCCAUACUGUUUGAUGCUGGAUCGAGUGGCACUCGCAUGGAAAUCUACCAGUUUUUGGCCAGCGGACCUACCCUGAAACCUUCGGAUAUUCUGGAGCUUAGUCCUUCUCCUUCCAAAGUAGAGCCUGGUCUUUCAAGCCUUGCUGAGGACCCCUCCCAAGUUGAAGAAUACAUGACGCCCCUACUGGAAUCUGCCAAGAAGACCAUUCCAGAAGACAAGCAGGCAUCCACACCCAUAUUUUUGUUAGCGACAGCAGGAAUGAGAUUAUUGCCUGAAGAUCAAGCAGACGCUAUCUUAAAUGAAGUUCAAAAACUGUUUAAUGACAAAGACAAAUGUCCAUUUAUGUUUCAGGAUGAUAAUGACGCUAGAAUUAUUACCGGCCAAACCGAAGGGAUAUAUUCUUGGGUUACUGUUAAUUUUCUGGCGGGUGCAUACCGCUUGAAAGGUUUUACCUACGGCAGCUUAGAUUUGGGAGGGGCGUCCCAUCAAAACACCUGGAUAUUUAAUAGCAAUCACUCAGAUGUCAUGGUCAUAGCUAUUGCCGGACGAAACUUUAGUAUUUUUGCUCGUAGUUAUCUGGGUUUUGGACAAGAUCAAGCUCGAGAACGUUAUCUGAGAGUCAUUGCUCAAAAAGAGAAUUGUGAUGAAAAUUCCGAGUGUGUCGUAAAAAGCCCUUGCCACAAUAAAGGAUUUAAGGAGCCCCUUACAUUUGAUGAUCAAGAAAGGGUAUUCGAAGGGACAGCUCGAGUAAAUCUUUGUAGGCGAAUAAUAAGUAAGAUAUUUUUCUGUCAUUCACCAGAUUUGGAAGAGUGUCCUUUUUCUGAUCAACCCAAAUUAGAAGGAAAAUUUUACGCGUUUUCGGCGUUCUAUUAUGUUUUAACAGGGAUUAAAGCGGUUUGUUCCGAUUGUGAAAACAACCAAGUUUCACCAGCGAAAAUCCGGUUGUAUUCCAAAUCGUUCUGUAAAACAGAUUAUAAUGAGCUGAAGGAAGAUCCCUAUGCUAAAAAUGAUUGCUUUGGUGCAAACUACAUCUACGAGUUGUUAACUGAAGGGUAUGGACUUCGCCCAUACAGGAAAAUAACAGUUGCUAAUUCGCUGAAUGGGUUUGAUUUGGGUUGGACCUUGGGUGCGGUGUUGCAUAACACAGGCAUCUUAAAUGCUUGAAUUUGUCCUCGGUCUGGCAUCAUUUGGCAUGGGUGAAGGGAAGCUACCGAGUUGUGAGGUUAUUAACUUACUAUCUUUACCUAAGGGAAAUUAAAUAAAGUUAUCUCUAACUUAACGGAAGACUAGUUUAUGUUAUUUUUCGCUUCCGGUUUUCUUCCAUCAGAUGGUUAGGAUUUCACCGAAGUUAAUUUAAACCCCGGGUAAAGCUACAACAUUGAGCACAACGUUAAUCUGACGCAGCAAAACUGGCAACGAUAGCCACAAGCAGCAGUUUAGCACCUUUGCUUUCAAGGGAGAAUCGUUUCACAAUCGUUUGGUUUAAGAUGGGAUGGUCAAAAUAUUCAAAAUUGUCGUGGCUAGCGGACAUACGCCAAAAUAUUUACGCUAAGCUUGACGUUAAAAUCGAAUCUACUUGUAAAAAUAUUGCUCCCAAAAGUGCUAAGCGUUGACGAGGAUGACGUCUAAGGCACGGCCUGGGCCAGGGGUCUGGGUUUGAAAAUGACUAUUCUCGACUAGCAAACAAUAAAUAACAUUUUAAAAAUUAAGUGUUCAAAUAGUUGUACCCCAGGUGGCUUGGCGUUGGGGCGAUGUCAUUUUCAUACAGGGUCUCGAUCUAUUCUCAUAGCGACUAGUAAGCAUGCGAGAAGUUCUCGGUGAACGAGCUUAAUUUCUUUGACAUCUCAUCGUGCAGUAUCGUGGGAAAAGCACCGUCUCGAUUUCGCCUCAUAAUUUGACAUUUCUAUGCUUCCCUCGUGUCCUUUACAUUUCCGCCCACUAGUAAAACUCAAAACUUAUUGCAUCUCAGUCUCAGUGCGCACUAUGGAGCCAUCUUAGCUGCAGCU